AUGGCACUGAGUCUCAAAGACAAAGGCGGCCGGCUCCUAGCUUUUGCCAACGCCGGCCCGAAACCGAUCCGAUCUCAGUCUCAGCCGGAAAACGCGCCCCAAAAUAUUGAGCAACCCCAGAGUAUUGCUCCGGUUCCGGUACGACGGGCCUUUGGCGAUCCUCGAGAAGUGCCUGGGCUCUCCGGGAGGCACACUGCGCCUCCACGCGAAAACCAUCCUCUCACCAUACAGCCGCCCCGUUCACCUCCGCUCUCAGUAGCUUCUUCUAAUGGACGAAUGCGAGGAAGUUUCAGCGAUCGUCGCCCAGAUCUCUUUUCUGGGUCACAGCUGGGAGACAACUUUAUGGAGUCGGGCAUUACAACACCACAGAAUGAGCCAGCCGAACCCGUCAAGCUUGGGCCGGAGUUGACUCGGGACCUUAAGAAGAUCAACCAGCCACGUCCACCUCCCGACAAUCGGCUUCAACGGCUGACACAGAUUACCGGGGGAUUCAAUUUUGGAGGCGGGGGCAAUAUGGAAUUGAAACUCCCACAGCGACAGACUGUCAACCCCAUUGGUGAUGGUUUCCAGGAUACGGUCAUUACUGCUCGUGGGAAACCAAAUGGUCGCCAAGAGGAGAGAGUUCGUCCAGAGUCUCCUGCCAGACCUGAUGCUAGGCUGCCUAUGCGUGAAAUAAGGAUUCGAAAGUCUCAUACUGGCAGAUCAGAGGCAUAUGAUAUUGGCGACCGUGUGAGAAGUCCAUCACCUACCGUUCGUGGAGUACAGUGGCCAGCACAUCAUCGACAAGAGGAAACACGACGAGCCGAUAACGAUGUCGAGUAUCUUUCUCAAGACGAACACGCGACGCCCAGGCCUAAGAAGUCCAAGCCAGCGCCAAGGGUUCUUUUAGAGAGCUCAAUGCCAGCUGUUGCUAUUCCUACGAAUCGAGACAAAAAGCGACAACGACCAAGUCCCGAGUAUGAUGAUGUUGCUCUCAGAUCGAUGUCAUUCGCCGCACUGCAGCAGCAGCCCUUUGAUUUCGACCCAUCCAAGGAGGAACAGAAGGGCAUUAGUGUCAAUGCCGACAAUCUAGCAGCCAAGUUGGACCAAUUUCGCCAUCUAGGCGAUAGGGAACAGCGUGACCUGUUUUCCAGCAUGUCCAUCGAAGAUUGGGAAUCGUCAGGAGAUUGGUUUGUCAGCGAGUUUACCGGCUUCAUGCAGCGUUUGACAGAGGCGAGAAGACACAAACGCAGAAUCAUUCGUGAAUUUGAAAAGGAAGCCGCCGAUCGCGAGGAAGCUGUACGUCUGAGAACGGAAGCCAUUGACCGAAAGCUGUGUAAGAUGAAGCAGGACGGUCAGCGAGUGGUGGAGGAUAGGGGCGCGUAG